UUCUAUGGUGAUAUCUAAUGAUGUUGCAGCUAUUUUAUGUUAUUAUAAAUUAAAUAAACUUUUCUUUGAAUUGAUGGUGAUUAAGAUUAAUAUUUUUUUGUGAUGAUAAUCAUAAUCUGUAAUUUUAUUAUUUUUUCUGUUCAUUCAGAGUUUGAAAAUUGGAUGAAAUAAAUGAGAUGUAAUUUGAGCUUAGAGUUGUAAUAGUCGUAGUACGUGAUAGGUGGUGCCAAUUAUUUACAAAAUGAAUGAUUCGGGUUGUAUUCAUUUAAGUAAUUUUAAAGCGGCGAAAGGUACAAGUCCAUAUAAAAUAAUUAACGCAUUUUUUGUGUCGUGCACUUCCUUAGAAGCUAGGAGAUAUAAGGCAACAUCAUGUCUGUGUUUCAUUUGCGGCCAGCCUGGGCCGCGGAUGCAUUCCUGUUUACAUUGCAUAUUUUUUGCAUGCUAUGCGGGACACAUACAAGAGCAUUCCAAAAUUAAGAAACACUUUCUUUAUAUGGAUCUCAGCUAUGGAAAUGUUUUCUGUGGAAAUUGUCAGGACUAUGUUUAUGAUAGAGAGUUUACUGAAAUUGCAACAGUAAAUAAAGCAAAGCAGGCAAGGUCCCUGGGGAUGAGUAUGCCAUACACUCCAUGGAUUCCAAAUACUAAUGAAGUAAUGGCAUUGCGUCGACUGCGCAAGAGACGGAUGAUAAGUGCACAUACUACAAUUGGGCUUCGUGGGCUACAGAAUCUUGGUUCUACGUGUUUCAUGAAUUGUAUUGUACAAGCGUUAAUACACACACCACUGCUAAGAGACUACUUUCUUAGCGAGAAGCAUAGAUGCAAGACGCAAAACUCAGGAAAAUGUCUUGUCUGCGAAGUAUCAAAGCUAUUUCAGGAGUUCUACUCGGGCGCCAAGACUCCGCUUACUCUCCACCGGCUCCUUCAUCUGAUCUGGACGCACGCGCGUCAUCUGGCGGGCUACGAGCAGCAAGACGCGCACGAGUUUUUCAUAGCAACACUAGACGUGCUGCACAGACACUGCACGAACGGCGUAGAAGAGAAUAAUGAUAAAAAGGAGAAUAAUCGCUGCAACUGUAUCAUCGACCAGAUAUUCACGGGCGGGCUGCAGAGCGACGUGGUGUGCACCUCGUGUUCCGGGGUCUCCACCACCAUCGACCCCUUCUGGGACAUUAGCCUGGACGUCGCCGGCCCCGGCUCCUUACAAGCUUGCUUGGAAAGAUUCACCCGCGCAGAACAUUUGGGCUCAGCCGCUAAGAUCAAAUGCUCCAACUGCCGCGUCUACCGCGAGUCAACCAAACAACUGACGCUGGAGACACUGCCAAUCGUAGCCAGCUUCCACCUGAAGCGGUUCGAGCAUUCCUCACAGAUCGACCGCAAGAUCUCCGCCUUCGUGUCCUUCCCGGCGGAACUCGAUAUGACGCCGUUCAUGUCGUCACACCGUCGGGCGGUUGACGCGACGGAUAAUAAUAAUGCUCCCGAGGGCAUACUCGAGGAUAAUCGGUACUCGCUUUUCGCGGUGGUCAACCACCUGGGUUCCUUGGACGCCGGCCACUACACCGCUUAUGUUCGCCAGAUGAAGGGCAGCUGGUUUAAGUGUGACGACCACAUGAUAACGCGCGCCUCCCUUAGGGAAGUUCUGGAUAGCGAAGGGUAUCUUCUAUUUUACCAUAAGACCGUACUUGAGUAUGACUGCGGUGAUCUAGAAUGACGGUAUAUUAUUCUUAGGUAGUUAAUAGCUUCACUAAUAAAAUUUGAAUACAAAAUUUUAUGACGAUACGUCACUCGAACGGUUAGCUCAGUUGGGAGAGAACGACGUUUAUAAGCAUGGUCUAAUCGUUAAGUGUGACCAGGCGAUUAUUUGGUCACAAAUACAGAUAUUAAAAAAUUUUAAACUAAAAUUAGACACUCCCAUACAUUUAGUAUGAGAUUAGUAGAAAGGGUUUAGUUUCUUUAAAAGGUUUUUUUUUUAGUAAAUACAAAAUUUUGAUGAUGGUUGUGCAGAACAAUGCCUUUCUACAUUCUAACAUGUCGGUCGUUACUGAAUGAAACGAAAAUAUUCUAGACUUAUGAUGAUAUAUUAUUGAAAGUACCAAAUAACUGCAUUCGCUUAUCGACUCUUUUCUCUGUGGUAAUGGUGGAUUAUCAGUUAUGGAACAAUUUCUCAUACUUAUCUCAAACUUACUGAAUUUCAGACCUGUUACAGUUUGGAACUGAGCUACCGAGUUGUUCGACAACAGCAAUAAUCAUUACUUGUAACAUUUUAAAUAGCAAUGAAUUUUGCAAAAUUACGUCUAAAUCUAUUGAAUAUAAUCUUAAUAUAUUGAGUGUAAACUUAGAUUCGUUUAUACGUCUAAAUAGUCUUGCUGCUAAACAACCGAUAAAUAAAGGCCAGGUUUGAUACUCAGUUUAAUCAAUGUGUGUGAGCUACGUCUUGCACUCGCGAGUUAUGUGACACUUCGCGCAUUGCUCAAAAUAGAAGAUAACUCUAAACUCAAUUUUUUUCAAAGUUUUCACAGCUAUCACACAGUCUAUCUAGACGUAUUAAUGAUCUAACUGUUUAACGGCCGUUUUAAUAACGUAUCUCUAGUAACGUAUAAAUUGCUAUCAUCGUUUUAUGACAAGAUCUUAUCUAUCCAUAGUUAUGUCGAAUAUAGGUAAGAUGUUAGACGAUAGGUUAUUGAAAUAUAAGUAAGCGUUAAAGGAUAGAUUUGUCUACCUCUAUUAAGUUAAACUAAGGAUAGAUAGGUUAUUGAAAACGGCCGUUAAUGACAAGAUCUUAUUUAUCCAUAGUUAUGUCCAAUAUAGAUAAAUUAUUAGUUAUAGUCCAAUGCUAUCUAUUGAUAGGUUAUUGAAAUGUAAGUAAACGUAAAAUGAUAGAUUUGUCUACCUCUAAUAAGUUUAACUAAGGAUAGAUAGGUUAUUGAAAACGGCCGUUGAUGUGCUUUGCACAAGUUGCAGUUGUAGAACACAGACGUUGUUAAUGAACUGCUUAGAAUAUUGUACCACGCAUCUUAUAGACUGAUAUGUACUGUUAAUCAUUUAUACCUAUGUAUUGGAAUUCUAAUAUAAUGUUAUAAAUUAAGCCUAAUAAUACACGGCUAUAUAACCGAGAAACAAAACUAUGUAAUGUAACUAUUUUAAAUGAAAUAAUAUUGAUAUACAUUUUUAUUUAUCGUCGAAAAAUCGGUCUAAAAUUAAGUUCCAAGUUGUCAAUGUUAACGUCGAUUGAUGACUCUUGAUAAAGGAUUAUUACAUCUUUUGAUGUAACUGGUACCUAGUAAGUAGACGUAUUGUCUCUUAAACACUCACCGAACAAAAUACUACUAAGCGCGGCAGUACACGUUAAGUCACUACCGCUUCAGAUGAAGAUGAUUUUAUACAAUAUCAAAUACCAUACUCUUCCUUAAAGGGCGGUAACGCUUCUCUGGUGUUGCAAGAUAAUGUGGGCAGCGGUGAUCACUUAACACCAGGUGACGCGUUCGUUUGUUUGUUUUUCUACUUUUCCAUAAAAAAAAAUGAUAUUGAACGAAUACAAAGAUGGCGUUAGAAUGACGCAUCCAAUCACAGAAGGGCUUACAACUGCAUCAGUGAUCGUCGAAGUGGUUUGAACCGAAUACGAACUUCGGCCGAACAUUCGGUAGAAAUUAAAAAUUCGUUCGGUUGAUUUUCGCCGUGCUUUGAAUGACAGGUUGCGUCUUGUUUAUGCAUCGCGAUUAGCUACGCCCUAUACUAUAAUGAAUUUGAACCAAGUUUUGUUCUAAAGUGAUUUAUAUAUGUCAUAUUUAAAAAAAAAGUCACAAAAUAACAUAAAUGAGUUCUGUAAACAAGUAAUUAUUGUACAUUAUUUUACUACUUUGAUUUUUUUUUAAAGUUAACAAUGUGAAUGAUUUUAAUGGAACAAAUAAUCCCAAAACUGUAAUUAUCAACUUUAUGCAUACGUAAUAACUUCCAAAUUAGAACAGCUAGAAAUACGUUAGUAGUAGUAGUAGUUACGUAGUUUUUGUAUUUUAUAGAGCUCGUUAAGACGAUGUACGCGCAGUUAUUAACUGUACUUAAUGAUUGCAGUAAACCAACGAAAUAUUAUUGUCAUCAUAAAAUGUAUGUAAUAGCAAUAUUUAUGUACCUGUUGUUGUCGCUAUCUUAUAUUACCUACUCAACUGACUAUACAAUAUUCAAUAAAAUAUGUAUUUUUCUAUAUAUUCUCAUUUAAUCAAAAAAAAUAUAUCACCAUUUUA